GUGAGUUGAACUUUUGUUUACAUUAACAAUUUUCUUAAUCGUGAUAAUUAAUCACUUGAUUAAUUAUCAGUUUUUAUUUUAUUUCUUAAUUGUUCCAUGUUGAUUUAUAGUUUUUCUUUCGUGUUGCAUGUAAGAAAUGACCGCAAUCGUUGAUUGAUGAUUUUGAGAAAACAAUUCAAUUACUUUGAUUGUUUUCAUUAAUUCUCUGAAUCAAAAUGACUUCUACCGAGCGUGUUGAUGGUGAUUCAGUUGAAUCUGGUACCAAGGAAUCAAUCGAUAACCGAGAUGAAGCUUCUGACUUUUUUUCCAAUUUCUUGGAACCAAAUAAUUUAAAUAAAGUCCGUUCUCAGGUUGAAAGUUUCAUCGGCUCUGAGACCGAUCAUCCAACAGUUUUAAUAACCUCUGGAGGGACAACAGUUCCUAUGGAGCAUAAUACUGUACGAUUCGUGGACAAUUUUUCAGCGGGAACAAGAGGAUCAGCUUCAGCUGAAUAUUUUCUAAGAAAAGGAUAUAAGGUCAUUUUCCUGUACCGUUUAAAAUCAUUGGAACCAUUCACAAGGCACAUAAAUAUCUGGCAACUCUUGGAAUCACUUUCCUCAUCAGAUUCUGGUUCACAAAUUGAUCCUUUAGUUUAUGACGAGUUAUCAAAGACUGUAUCAAUUUACCGAGAGAGUAAAGCUAAUAUACUGAUGAUCACAUUUACAACCCUUGCCGAGUAUCUUUAUUACCUUCGGGAAAUUUCAUUCUCAAUGCAACCAUUGGGAUCGAAAGCGGCUCUUUACCUUGCAGCCGCAGUUUCGGACUUUUACAUUCCACCAACUGACAUGGCGACCCAUAAAAUUCAGUCUAAAAAUGGUCCACUUAGUCUUGUCUUUGAAUUAGUUCCCAAAAUGUUGCGACCAUUGGUCAAGUUUUGGGUCCCUUCGGCUUUCGUUGUUUCUUUCAAGCUUGAAACUGAUGAAUCGAUAUUGUUGGACAAGGCAAGACAAGCGUUAAUCCGUUAUGGUCAUCACUUGGUCAUCGCAAAUGUAUUGCACACCCGAAAAAGUCAAGUUUUGAUCGUCUCCGAGAAAGAAUCGCAUAAAAUUACCUUGCCCAGUCCAGAGAUGGAAAUUGAAUCAAUUAUUGUGGAUCAAGUUAUUUGCAAACAUAAAACUUUCAUGGACAAUUAAUUUGAUUGUCUGUUGGUUUACAAAUCAAAUAACAUUACAAUGGUUUCAGUGCAAUUUUUUUUAAUGAUUCAUGAUCACAGUGUUGAUUGUUAUUACAAAGGAUGAUUUUAUACUUUUAUUAAUACGAAUAGUAAUAUUAAAAUAAUAUUAUAUUAACUCACAAUAA